AAAAUGUCUGGUAAACUGUUAUUUGGUAGUAGUAGUAGUAGUACUACUAGACAUAAUAAUAUUCGGGUUGAUUAGAUUGCGAGCAACUUUUAGAAAUGAUAUCACAUUUAAUCACAUUAAGUGUGACUAUAGUUAUUUUAUGGACAGUGAACGUUGAAGCGUAUACAUUUUUGGCGCCAAUAAGAUUUGGUGAUUCCGGAGAAAUGUACAUUAAUUUGGGCAGGGUGAAUAUCUCAUUGAGUUCAGAUUUUGAAUUAACCAUAAGUGAUGCAGAUUGUACAAAAACACUUUCCUUGAGACCACCAACUGAAGAAGAGAUCAUGUUUAAAACUGGAUAUCGUUCAGGAUCAUCACUAUGUCAAAGUUGGUUCAUGCCGAAAUUACGCAAGAAAAUACGAUUCCCAAGCUGGUGGCUUAAUUUAUUUUAAAUGAUAAUUUUCUGCUGGUUGUGUGACUUUUUUUUUUAGCUUUUUAGAGAGAUUGAACUGGUUUGUCGUUUUUGAAAUUGUCUCAGUUAUGUUUGGCUUUGCUUUUAAUUGAAUGAACAUUAAUGUUGUUUAAUAGAUGAAAUUAAGUAAUUAUUAUUUUUAAUGAGUUUUGCCUAGUGUAACUAGAUAGAUUUCAAGUAAAAUAGAGUAUAGUACAUAAAUAUGUUCAUCAGGACUUUUUAAUAAGAUAUAAUCUCAUGUUGAAGACGUUAAAUCCCCCAGAACUCACUUGAUAAGAGUCAUGAUUUUGAAUUUUAUGUUGUCGCACAUGAGCUGAUCAGUUGACUUGGAGAUUACAUUUCCCACCCCGGAAAAUUUCUUGACUGUUAUUGAUUGAUGCGUUAUUUUAGUAAGCUAUUUUUGUUGCUCUCCCAAGGACCUUUCUAUCAUGUAUAAAUAAACUCAAUUUGUGUACUUGUAAACUUCAUAUUUUGUGGUUGCUUGUAGAAUACAAUUUCUACGUCUUUUCAA